AUGCCUAUACCAUCAGGUAUAUCAGAGGAAGAUUGUUACAAAUGGCGUACUACAUCUCAUGUGGGUUCUUUCUCUACUGCCAAAACUUGGGACGUAUUAAGGCCGCGUGCAGAGGUUCAGAGCUGGGCAAAAUCUAUAUGGUUCAAAGGAGCAACCCCAAAACAUGCUUUCAGCAUGUGGAUAACUCACUUAAAUCGCCUCCCAACCAGGGUUCGUCUUGCUUCUUGGGGAAUGUCAAUCAAUACAAAUUGCUGCCUCUGCUCUAACUCACUAGAAACUAGGGAUCACUUGCUCAUCUCUUGUCAGUUUGCAUCAGCAAUAUGGCUUGAGGUCUCUAGGAGGUUUCGCAGGAAUCAUCCGAUGUUCUCAAACUGGACAGAGCUCAUGUCUUGGGCUACUAUCUCUGACUUUGCGCCUGCAACCUUAAAAAUGCUGGUGGUGGAAGCGGUGAUCUACUCUAUAUGGAAGCAGAGAAACAACAUGGUUUUUAACAACCGUCUUGUGCCUCCUAUGGUGGUCUUUAAAGAUAUCAACAGACAAGUUAUUAACUCAAUCCAUGCUAGAAGGAAGAGGAAGACCUUCCGCAAUCUUAUGUCGAAGUGGCUUAUCUGA